AUCGAAAUGACGUUUUUUCCCCAUACUGGCUCUUGAAAAACCAACCACGAGUCGUCGUCGUCGUGUGGGAGAAUCCAUUUUAUAAAGAGCCCUGAGACUUUGUGAUUAGAAAGCGAAUCGGCGUGGUUUGCUUUACAUUUUUGUCAUUUUCCACCGAGUUGACAAGUGUAUUUUUACAACAUGGCUGAAAUUGAGCAGCAGUACAUGGAGACCUCCGAAAACGGCCACGAAGUCGAUGACUUUAAUGGAGCUGGCCAGGCCGGAGAGAACGCCUGCGGGGCAGGAGAUGAGCCCGAUGUCGACGACAAUUCCCAGAACGGCGGAACGGAAGGUGGUCAAAUAGACGCAAGUAAAGGCGAAGAGGAUGCAGGGAAAAUGUUUGUUGGUGGUCUGAGCUGGGACACAACAAAAAAAGAUCUAAAAGAUUACUUCUCCAAGUUUGGUGAAGUGUCAGACUGUACCAUCAAAAUUGACCAACAGACGGGUCGGUCACGAGGAUUUGGUUUCAUCCUUUUCAAAGAUUCAGCCAGUGUAGACAAGGUUCUCGAACAGAAGGAACACAGGCUAGACGGGCGACAGAUUGAUCCCAAGAAGGCUAUGGCCAUGAAAAAAGACCCAGUCAAGAAAAUCUUUGUUGGGGGGCUCAACCCGGACACUGCGAAGGAGGUCAUUGAGGACUACUUUAAAACAUAUGGAGAGAUUGAGACAAUUGAGCUUCCCCAAGAUCCAAAGAGUGAGAAGAGGAGGGGUUUUGUCUUCAUCACCUAUCAAGAUGAGGCUCAUGUCAAAAAAGUAAUGGAGAAAAAGUACCACACUGUUGGUGGGAGCAAGGUGAGCUUAUUAUCAUUUUCUUUCAGGGGCAAGAGUUCUGCCUCCGAUUUAAUAAUGUUUGUUGUGUUGCAGUGUGAAAUUAAAAUCGCCCAACCCAAAGAGGUUUAUCAGCAGCAGCAGUAUGGUGCUCGUGGAUAUGGCGGUGCGCGUGGCAGGGGCCGUGGAGGCCAGGGCCAGAACUGGAAUCAAGGUGGUUACAACAACUACUGGAACCAAGGUGGUUACAACCAGAACUAUGGAGGCUACGGACAGCAAAACUAUGGAGGCUAUGGCGGAUAUGGCGGCUAUGACUACACUGCUGGUUAUUACGGCUAUGGGGGUGGCUACGAUUACAACCAGGGCAAUACAAGCUAUGGGAAAACUCCAAGACGUGGCCACCCGAGUAGCUACAAGCCAUACUGAUCACACGUAGUGCAGGUCUAACGUAAAUAAGAAAAGAGAUCCAUGGUCUGACCACAGCGAACAUGGGCUCUGGCUUUUCCUUUGGAGUUGGCAGAAAUUUGGACUCAUGCUCCAUUUGUACAGAUCAAGUGAGGAAUUGGGGAAGCAAAUGUCACUUUUCCACUUUUUAUUUUAUAUUGUUUUGUGUCCAUUUACAUUUCCAGUAAUGGAAGUGUUAUUUUUACUGUACUUUUUGGUACCUUUUUGAAUCUAAUGUUAUUGUAUGGUUGUAUUUUUACAUGUCUACUGGAUUUACAAACAGGAGCAAGAGCUUUUAAAGCUCGCAAAUAAAACAGUUUAGCUUUUUUUCCAGUGUUCCUAGAUCAUUAGUUAUGUACUCACGUGCUGACUGUUGGAAUGCAAGUUGCAUGGCUUUAGAUAUGGGGGUGAGACAAAUUUAAGGGAUUGAAACCAAUCAAUGGAUUCAUUUGUAAGCGUGUUAAAUGAUUUUUGUAGAUGGCCUAGUAGAUAGACAACCGGCAUAUGUUGUUUUUUGUUUUUUUGUUUGUUUGUUUUUUGUUUGCUUUUAUGUAGAUUCUUCCCCAAUCGUGUCUGCAAUUUUAAGUGGCUUUACUAGUGUAAUACAACUCAACGCAAGCCUGUUAAAUGUAAGAGGGCACCCCCUCUCCCUCACUGGAUACUCAUUCCUCUAGUGUCUUGGGCAAAUUGGUAGAAAUAAACUUUUGGUUUAUAUUACAAA